AUGACGUCGCCUGGCCAGGUGCUGGGCGUGCUGGGGUACCCCCCCCCCCCCCUACUGUCGCCGUGCAACCGCCUCGCCGCGCCUCCUUCUCUGGCCAGCCGAUCGAUCGUUGCAACCUUCACCUCCAGCUCCUCGUCACAACAUCUCGGCCGGUAUCCUGACGGCGACGGCGACGGCGACGGCGACAGCGACGGCGCCGACAACAAGACCAACAACCACGUCAUGCCACCAACAACAAGAGCACCAACAUCUGUGUUUGCUUCAACUCCAGCAUAUAAAUUUCCGUGGCACAUCAGUGUGCUGCUCCUAACUCUCAAGUCGUCUGGCAGGGGCACUGAGAAAGUCAAUUGA